UGUAAUGACGUCACAUUGGAAAAAGUGAAGAUGGCUGCCUUGGAUGACAGCCUUACACAUUUCGAGGGGCAAAAAUGGUCCUUAUGGGCCGAAAGACUUGGCUUGAGUAGUCCCGCAAGUGACUCUGAGGAUGAGGAAAGCACGAAAUCCGGGCGGGAACCAACGACGACUCGGCUUAAGAAAGAAGAGAUGCCGAUCUAUGGUUACUGUCCGCGCUGGGAAGACUUCUACCUUGUGGUCUGUGAUGUUUGUGGACACGCCAUAAAGCCUCAGGCACUUAAGCAGCAUAUAGAACUUCGACACGGCGGGGUGAUCUCCCCUGUCAAGUUGUCCGGAGGUACUCGAGCGUCUGUAUCUUCUGGCAGCAACAAAGUGGGCAAAGCUCGCAGUCGCUCCCACACCAACCCUGUGGUGAAGCUUGAGGGGCGGAUUGACAGUGAUACUCUCGGAGGGGGCCACUCAGCCCACAUCUCUGGGGAUCCAGGUACCAACGGCAGCAACAGCAAUAGCAGUUGCAGCAGUGCCAGCAUCAGCGUCAGCAGUGUUAGCAGCAGCAACAGAGUGGGGGGCUCAGCCGACUCGCCCGGCUGUGACCUCCUGCCUUCCCCUACUGGCCUGUCUGUGGUUUCUCUCAAGACAGAGGUGACAGUGGAAGAGGACAUGGAUGGAGGAAUAGAUCUUGUACCACCUCCCCAGUCCUUGCCUACAGCUCUGCCUCCCCCAGCCCCACCAGAGCCUCCCCACCACAGUCUGCCACACCCUCCCACACAUGCAGGACCACCCUCCACCAUUGGUCCUCCCAGUAUAGGACCACCCAGUGUAGGGCCACCUAGCAUUGGUCCACACAGUGUUGGGCCACCCAGUGUUGGGCCACCCAGUGUUGGGCCACCCAGUGUGUCCUGCCCCACUGUCCAGCACCAGGGGCUGGUGGCCAUGAGUGGUCCCUCACCCACCAUGGGAGGCGGCACGGUGGUGGGCAUACCCUUGCUGAGCCAGAAUGCAUCCAGUGUUGAGGAGGAAGUCAAUAAAAUAUCAGCCAUGCUGCAGGCAGAGGCUGAGGCGCUGACAGCCUCUCAAAACCUCUUACCUGGCCCCACCAUGGAGAUGGACCCUGGCCUGGUGGGGUCACAUGACAUUGUGGAGGCACAGGGCCAGGCUGCUGGGAGUGUUACCACUGGUGGAGGGAGCCUUGGUGCCAGACAGGGCAUGCUGGUCAACUCACCAGCCAUGGGAUCAGUGCCAGUGCCCAUGAGUCACAUGUCCAUGGCCACACUGAACCAGAUUCAGGCUGACCUCUUGGCCACCGUCAGUGAGUCUGACCUCAACGCGGUGCUCAACGCCACACCGGAGACCUCCGACCUCACACAGACAGUUCUUCCUGGCAAUUCUCAGUGCUACUUAAACGAGAACGGUGGUCUGGCCUACGUUGAUCAGCCGACGGCUGCCAUCAACCACGGCACGUAUGUGGACCACACGGCUGAGCCACCAGAGCUCAGCAUAGAGAAGGUGCUGCCACAGCGCUACAACAGUGAACAGCUGUCCAUGCCAGUGCUGGAGCAGAUCACCAAUGAAGUGCUGUCUGAAGCUGAUGCGUGCGGGCACAACCUGGAAGGGGUGGCGGCAGCAGCGGCAGCAGCAGCAGACCCUCAAGGGCAGUACACCACACAAUCUGACCUUAUUGAAGUACCUGUUGAGUCAUUUAGUUUUGAUGAAAUAGAAAAGAUAUCGUCUCAGUGCGACGAACUUACCAAUGCAGUGAAUUCCAUUACCCAGCUGUGCCAGGGCGGGAACACUGGAUUAGAGUCACAGUUAGCUGGACUCUUGCAACAGCCAGCUGCCACACCUACUCCAUCUUCAUCCCUAAGUGUGACUGCUGCUGCUCCCCCAACUCCCUCCCCCAUCCCUGCCCCAACCACAGCCCCACACACAGUGGCCACCACCCUAGGCAAUUCCAGCCAGGCCAUCACUGUGGUGCUUGGAGCUGGGGCACAGGCAGCUGUCAGCACCACUGCCUCUCAGCCUUCUAUAUCCAUGCCCACCCUGGCUGCCACCCUGAAGAACCCAGUGGUGACCGCAGGUGGAUCACAGCUUGUGUCUCCUGGGCCUGCCACCUCCUCCUCCCAAGCCCACACCCCCUCUCAUACCCCAACACACACCCCAGCACACACACCAACACAUACCCCGAGUCAGCACACCACCACCUCAUCCUCCUCAUCCUCAUCCUCGUCUUCAUCCUCAUCCUCGUCAUCCUCGUCCUCCUCCUCUGGGUCUUCCGCCCUCACCCCGGCUCCUCCCACUCCCUCACCCAAAAAGUCAAGCAAAAAGAAAAAACCAGGCGAGCGGAAACUCCUGCCCCUGAAGGACCGGGAGUACGAUGCUGAGGUCCACUGCGGCGUGGUGGUGGCAGAGACUGGGAAGCCUUGCACUCGCUCCCUCACCUGCAAGGCACACUCCCUUUCCCUCCGCCGUGCUGUCCCUGGACGCUCCAAAAAGUUUGAUGAUCUCCUGUUGGAGCACCGGGCAGCCAAGGAGGCACAGAGCAAAGCCGCCAAGCCUCCAGACUCUGCCACAGGGCUUAUUCAGGGCACGCCGCCGCGGGGGCCGGCCAUGGCCACCACUGCUAGUGGAGGAAUGGUAGGAGGGCCGGCGGCCACCUCUCCUCUCCUGGUUAAAUCAUUGGGGGGCAACGCGACCACUUUAGUGUCUCCGGGUGACCCUUCUCCCAACCCCCCCAUACAUCACCCCAUGGAUCCCCCCACCACCCCAUCGCACCCUGCGCCCCCCUCACCUGCAUAUUGGCCGCCCACCUCUAGGAUUCCUCCGGCCCUGGUACCUGCAGAUAAUUUUUAUGUCCGAGAGCCGCCCAAGCCUCUUGCUACAUGUACGUAUAACUGCAGAAGGCUCGGUGGUUAUCUGGCAACGGACCACCAAGCUGAUGUGCUGCGGAGUGCAUUCAGCAGUGCCCUCAAGAAACCCCACCCUGGUGCGGUGUUGGCCGAUCCCGCCCUGGGCAGCACCCUGGGCUCAGGCGGGGCACAGGAACGCUUUGUGAGUGUCAAGCCCCUGCUGGCCAAGAAGCUGCUGACGGUGCCCUCAGGGUCGGGUGCCAAGGAGGGCAUCAGUGUCAGCACUGGGUACAAUGGACACAUACAUGUGGGGAACAGCAUGGGCAUUGUUAACAGCAAUGCAGUGGCAGCAGCAGCAGCAGCAGCAGCCAACCUCAAGCGGCCGCCGACGCAAAGUGAGGCACUCAAAAACAGUGCUGCUCCGACCCCCAGUGCCAAAAAUAAGAACAAGAAGGUGAAGACAAACGAUGGUGCUAUAAAUAUUGUGGGCAACGUUCUGCAGCUCGAUGCCAGUGGGAACAAGAGCCACAUCCCAGUGGUGAUGAGUCUGCAGAACGGCCUCUCCAAUAAUCAGACCAUAACGCUGAGUAAUGUGGCCAUUGCGGGCAUGAGGAACUCCACCACACAGCCCAUACGGAUAAACCCCUCCUCUGCCGCCACCUUUGGUAGGGCAGAUGCCGCGGCCACGGACUCGCGUCCCGGCAGCAGUGACGGACAGAACAUAUUUUUGGGGGCGGGCAUCCCCAGCGGCAUUGUGAUAUCGGACGCCCUGGCCAAGUCAUUCAAAAGUGACGGUUCUGGGAGCAUCCGGUUAGAACUCCACAGCAAUGCAUUUGGUGAUGCGUCGAGAUUGGUGACUAACACGGGCAAGGUGGGGAGCAGCGGUGUCACGAAUCUGGUAGGCUCGGGCAUUGCUGGCACAGGCGGGGGUGGCGGUGGUGGUGGUACUGUGGGCAGCGUGAGCAGCAGCAGUACAGGCGGCCUCACCUACCUCACCUCGGCUGUGGCGGGCGGGGGAGGAUCCCCCGGCCUCACCCUCCAUCAAGUACAACAGGUUAUCAGUAAGCUACAAGUGCAGGGUAAAGGGAGUGGAGGGUCAGUAGGCGGGGCUGGUGGGAGCCUGUCCCUCAAGCUGCUUGGAUCCAGCCAGACUGGAGUGGCUGGGGCAAGAUCGACGUUUGUGCUACAGCAUGAGAAGGAGCCUUCCUGACCUCCUGGGACAGGGGGUCAGCCCUCUUCAGCCCUGCCCAUAAGUCUCUCACCUGGAGCAACAGAAGGGUUCCAGGGGGCUCCAACACAGCCCUCUGCCCUGCCCCAGGUGGCGACCGUUGCCGUGCCCUUCUGGAGCAAUAGGCCCGUGUGCCACAACAAUAACAACAACAACUAUGUCAAAGUUCGUCCAGCUGGUGUCUGGCCCCCCACGUCAGGUGGAACUGUGCGAGUGUCCCAGGUAGAACCUUUGGCCAAAUCCAGCACAGGCUUGGCCAGCAGUGGGGCCGGUGUGGCCAUGACUGGAGUGACGGACCUUGGUAACAUGAUGCCCCCAGUGGCCACAUCCAAUGCUCAGGUUCUGGUACCUAGUGAUACCCCACUCCUAACCCAGGACGGACCAUUGUACAACAGUGGCACAAAGAGCCCGUCUCUGUUAUGUGUAGUUCUUGACGAUUGAGGGGCCACGUCUUCUGGUUGUAUAUUCAAACUCACUACAUAAUUUGUAAUGAUGUAGGCAGUGUUGCUCCCGUGUGCAGUGAUAUUGUAAGACAAUAUCUGUUCUUGUGUGAUAUUUAGCUCCUCACUAGUGUGCUCUAGUGAACCAUGACAAAAAUGGAGAUGAAUAGAGGCAAUAGUGCAGUUACAUUAGCAGGCCCUCCUAUACGCUUAAAUUUUGUCUCUUGUGUGAUACAAGUGCAUGCUGAAGAGACUUUUCCUCUUUUUUAUCUUUUUUUUCUUUUUUGUAUUUAUCUGUGAUGUUUUGUACUCUGGUGAGCUCCUGCGGCCAGAUUGGGCGGGGCUGGGGCGCCCUGCCUCCCAAGCAGCUCACGUGUUGGUGCUCGGGGCCGACGACACCCUCACACAGUUCACACUUGGAAAGUUUUUAUGUUUUCAAGUACUGGGUGGUUCUCAUGCCACAUCAUGUAAUAUAAUGUUCUAGUCUUGUUUGUUACUUGUUUUCUACUUGUAUCAAUGCUUUUUUUGCCCUCCCCCUUAAUUAUCAUUAUUUUUAUCCCUUCUUUUCAUACACACUGCCAUCCUUGCCAUCCAAUCUUUCCUACAGAAUACUUGUUAAAAUUGUUGAUGGUGGUCUGCACACAAACAUUCCCCAGACAAGUGGUUCCCAGCCACUUGUGUGUCAAUCUUUUCAACACAGGUUCAUCACAUGUUGUAAAAUUUACCCUCCGUACUUACGACCACUGUGGGUCUCAUAGUCAUGACUGAUCCUUCACUGACCUUUGUUAUGUACUACACAUCCUUUCUCCUCUGUCAAAACCAUUGUGCAAUGUCCCUUGAUUUCAUGCAUAUUACACUCACGUUAUCAAAGCUUUCAUCUGAAGAUGCUUCGUAGUGAACAGAAGCGAGACCAUGUCCUCUUUUAUUUAUAUAAAAUUUGUAAUAUUUUAUUAGUCAUAAAUAUUAACUACUUUUAGCUUGCUACAUAGAUUCUUUUAAUAGAAAUUAAUUUAAAAGAACACUCUACAAUGUACGUAAAUCCUGAACUGUUGACACUGGUGUUGGGAGACCAAGAGGAGAGAGAGACCCUCACCCUUGACAGUGUUGAUGUAUUGUGUGUGUGUGUGUCAGCUUCCUCAGGCUGCUUAGGGAUGGACACAGGGAACCAGAAAUACCAGGGAGUAAAUCUCAGGGAAAUGUUCUUUAUUUGUAAAUCUUGGGAAAUUUUGGUCAAAAUUUCCUCUCUGAAGAUGUUUAGACAAAAUUUUGGGACAUAAAACACAACAUUGAAUGCCACUGCCAUCAUGUAUUACAUUUAUAUAGAACUUGAAAUGUCAUUCCUUAUUCUUACUUAUUUAUUUAUUUUUUAUAUCAAUAACACACACACACACACACACACACACACACACACACACACACACACACACACACACACACACACACACACACACACACACACACACACA